AUGAAUAGUACCCUGGUGAGUUCGAGUUCGCACAAAGAAGCUGAGAAUCCAACGUCAAAGCAGGCCCUUUUCUUCAAUUACCACGAGUUCUCGGUUACAAAAUACGCGGAUUUGGGCUCAGAUCAAGAGACUGAGCAUGGAGGCGACCAAGCAUUGUGCAUAACACAUUUCCCCAAUGUGUACUGUGCACUGGGGUCUGCACGUUUCCAAGAAACGCGGCUAGUCAGAAUCCCCCGCAGAUUCGAACAAACUGUCGAUGUUCCUGCGUUUUCAACGCAGCUACCGGGACGGGAGCCCGCUGCACUGGUGGACAAUGCCAACAGCGUAAAUUUUGUUCCCCGUGGUGUCUACCAAGGCCAGAUCUACGGAAUGUCGUCAGUGAGUCCGCUGAGCGGACUCAUGAGCGAUUCGGAGUUCCAAGAACUGGUGGAAACCAUCAAUGAGUAUCUGCUGAAAGCAUACACAUCAACCGCUGGGUGGAAUUUAGUGAACUCCAUCCUUGACAUAUUCACAUUCCAUUUAUGGAGCUUUGUCGCUGCCAGAGUAUUUGAAAAUCCAUUAUUGGUACUCGAAGACUACGUCAAAACGCUAAAUGCAUCUCCGGAAUUUCAAGAGCGAAGACUUCGGCUGAUCUCGCCGCGAAAAUCCGGAUAUCUUUCGGUAUGUUCAGAAAAACGACAAAACUUCUAA